CGGAAGCAGCGCAGAAGAGAAAAAAAGCUAACGAGUUAGCUAGUAACAAAGAGUUCUUUUCGUAAACAUUUUGUGAUUUUUUUUAACUUUCGUUGCCUAAACAUUUAAGUUAUUUCACAUCGCAAUAAUGCCGGGGACAGCCAACAUUAUCGCGAUGAAGAAAAUUGUCCAACAGUUGCGUCUUGAAGCUGGCAUCAACAGAGUUAAGGUCUCUCAGGCCGCAGCGGACCUCCAGCAGUUUUGCCUUCAGAACGCCCAGCAGGACCCUCUGCUGAACGGCAUGUCGUCCAGCAACAACCCGUUCAGACCGCACAGAGCCUGCUCCUUCCUAUAGCACCGACCGGCCGAGCCUCCACUGUUUUAGAAGAUGCGAUUCUUUCGCACACCGAGCUGCAGGACCCUUCGUCAUGGACUGGAGUCGUCUCAGGAGUGUUUAAAGGAAUUUGGGCCAGACAACUAACAUAACUUCUUUUUUUUUAACAAAUCUUGUACCAUUUUGUAAAAUCUCCUGCAGACAUUUCUCUAGUGCAACAUUACCGUCUUAGCCUUUUUGCUUCGAACUAACCCAUAAGAACACGUGUGCCUUGUGAAAUGUACAUUUUUCAUAACUGAAUAAAUGUUUCCACAGUUUA